AUGGAGGCUUGGAAUAGAUUGCGUGACAUAUUCCAAGAUAACAAACACUCUCAUACCGUCACUCUUGAGUACAAUUUCACUCAUGUGAACAUGGAAGAUUUUCCAAGUGUCUCUGCCUAUUGUCAACACCUCAAAUCUUUGUCAGACCAACUCAAGAAUGCUCGUUCGAUGCUCACUCUUGAAGAGGCCGGCCUUGCUAAGAAGGCGGAGCAUAGCUUCUCAUCAACUAUGGUUGCUCGUGAGUCGACUGGCUCGCAUGAUGUUGUUGAUCAUUCCUCUUCACACCACAAUACUAAUGAUGGGAAGAGGAACCAAUACCGCAACAAUAAUCGCAACAACAAUGGUGGUCGUGGAGGCAGCAAGGGUGGUACCGGUGGCGGGGGUAAGACUGGAGGUGGUGGUCAGAUGGGGGGUGGCAACAGCCGCGGUGGCGGACAGCUGCCAGCAGGUCAGCAUCCACCACCCAAUUCUCCAUGGGUUGGAGGUUAG